GAACCCACUGCAUGCUCUCUUUUUCCAUCUUUACGUACAAAACUCAAUCUCCUGGCCUGGGAAUCAUCAAGUCUUAUUUUUCCUCCAAGUGCGUAGACAAUCUACUCUCAUCCGCACAAUUUUGUGUCUUCACGGAAUUUAAUUUGUUUGUGUCCGAGAGCAAAAAUCCAUAGUUACUUUUAUUGAGAGUAUUCAUCUUUCAAAGGCAAAGCGGGUAACGGUCGGAGGUUUCAGUCAAGGUAGCUACGAGUCUGAAACGUGGUAGGAUUAUCCUGGGAGCGAGCUAGCCAGACCCGUCCGAAUAGCUAUCGGGAUACGGGGGCUAUCUUUCUUCAAGGCCAGUCCGUUUUAACGGGCGAUCCUGCGAUAAGUUCUCUUAUCUUUACUCUUUAUUCAUUUUAAUUAAUUUGUUCUGAUUAUUAUUAUUAUUAUUAUUAUUUUCUUGCAUUUGGCGGUUUGUCUGGUGAUUUGAUUUAAACUCGGGAUUUUUAUCUGGUUAAACUCGCAUUUCAAUAUCAUUUUCGUCUAACAAUCUUGAAGAAAGAUGUUAUUUCUCAACUUUUGGAAAAUCCAAAAUGGCAAACUUGAAAAAUGCAGUUUCCGAAAAUGUUGUUGUUGAGAAUAAUGUGGAUGAAAUCCCUGAAAAUAAUGUGUCUGUGACUAAUUGUGGAGACACACUUGACUAUGUUGCUACGGGCUCGCAAAGGGUUGAUUUAACUGGAAUGCCGGAAAAAUUUUCUGGGCAUUUUUUCAAGCGUUGGCAACAACGUAUGAAAAUUUUGUUAAUCACCAAGGGCUUGCUCUCGGUAAUUAUGACGGUGUGUCCCCCCGUUGUUGAAUCAGAUCCCAAAAGUCUUGAACGCCAAGCUUUAUGGCGUGAGAGGGAUGAAAUUGCAAAAGGCAUGAUUUUGUUGGGUCUCUCCAACAUGUUAUUUGAUGUCUAUUGCACCCUCCACGGCACGGCUAAGGACCUUUGGGAUGAGUUGGAUAAGAAAUAUAAUACUGAGGACCACGGUCUUGAAAAGUAUAUUGUUUCUAAAUUCCUACGAUUUGACAUGAAAGAAGGUAAAUCGGUGUUAGAACAGACACAAGAAUUUAAGCUUAUCUUACAUUCUCUUCGUGAAGCGGAUAUGGAAUUGCCUGAAAAAUUUAAAGUGAUGGCGGUCGUAGAAAAAUUUCCCAAAUCAUGGGAAGAUUUUGGUAUGACUUUAAAACAUAAAAUGAAAAAGAUCACUUGGAAAUCUUUGAUGCAUUCCAUUACUGUUGAGGAGGAGCAUAAGAAAGCGGGUUAUAUUGCGCCUGUUGAAUUUCAACCGAAGGCUCAUGUCAUAACUGGGGGAAAGCAAGCAUAUAAUUCUAAAAAUAAACAAUCACCAUCUUUUAAAUCCAUAAAGGCCAAACUAAAAAUUGCAAAGAAACCAAAGGCAAACCGACCAUGCUGGAACUGUGGACAGAUGGGGCAUUGGGCCAAAUUGUGUCCUAAUAAAAAGGCCAAGGCUCAAUCUGGGGGACCUCAAGUCAACAUGGUGACUGGAGGGACUAGUUCUAAUGGCCUGCGGUUGGAAGAACAGUGAUGAUGGGGAACACAAGUGCUGCAAGUGUGCAAGGAAUUGGAAAAGUAGAAAUUAAAUUUCCUUCGGGAAAAAUUCUACCUUUGCAUGGGGUGCAUCACGUUCCCGAAAUUAGAAGGAACAUUGUUAGUGGUUCCAUUCUCGUUAAGGAGGGUUAUGAACUAUCUUUUAAAUUAAAUAAAGUUGUAAUUUUACUUGGCGGAACUUUUAUUGGCAAGGGUUACUUGUCGGAUGGACUUUUUAAGAUUGUGGUUGAUUAUUUUGAAUUAAAUUAUGUAUCUGAGAAUUGUGAUUCUUCUUGUUUAUGGCA